UAUAAAUAACGAAAAUAAACUAUUAAAUGAACAUCUUUAAUAUUAUCAAAUAUAAUUGUCGUGAAUGUACUUAAACUAGUUUUGAUAAGCUGUAAAUUAUUUUUUGAUUGUAUAAGAAAAAGGCCCCGUUUGUUUUGGUUGAUAGUGUUUUAGGUUAUGCAUUACAAUGAAAAAUUACAUGAAAAAUAUUAUAUUGCUACUGUUCACAAUUUUAGUUGUACAAGUUACCACAAUAGCUUGCAAUGAUGGUGAGGAGAUUCUAAAUCCAACAGAGAUGAUUAAGGUCAGCAAAGAGUCAUCAUCAAUGGAAAAAAGUAAUGUUACAAUCACGGACCCAAACACAAUAAACUUUACCAAAGUAAAUUGCUUGACUGAUAAAACCUAUGGACCUGUUGAGAUUGUUAACCAUACACGUUUGAUGGAACUUUUAAUUUUGGAGAAAGGAGCACCAAAUAGAACGAGAAGUAGUAAAGAGGAUAAAGCAUUACCAGGAGUAUGUAUUUUUAUUAUGUUCUAUGCAAGGUGGUGUGUGUUUAGUAGUCAAGCAGCUCCACACUUCAAUGCCAUCCCAAGGUUUUAUCCACACAUAAAAGUUGCGGCCAUUGAUGCAAUGAAAUAUCAAAAUUUUAAUACUCAGUAUGGCAUUGUUGGAGUUCCCACUUUAAUGCUGGUGCACAAUACAAAGCCUGUCGCCAAGUUUAAUGAAACAGUUUAUACACUGGAAACUUUUUCUAAAUUUAUAUCUCACCUGACGAAUCUGCAGCCAAACGAAUCUUUGUUCGUCACAUCGGCAGAUUUCAGUGGGCCAGUUUCCAGUGUUCCCUCAAAUGAGACAGACUACUGCUUAGUCUUAUCGUGGAUAUUCAUAUCAGCCUGUUUACUUUACUUUACAACAAAGAGUCAGUGGUGGAGGCAAUUUAUAGAACUUGUACAGAAUACAUGGAGAGAAAGCAAUGCUCAACACGAGCAUGCCGAUUGAAAACUUGUUUGCGCUAAAUACAAACUUAUCAGUUAUUUAUGAAAUUGUAUUUAUUCGUCGCUUACUGCGAUAUUAAUAGUUAAGAAAUCUGUAUCUAUAUUUUUCAUUGUGUAAAUAUCAAGGAAAAUUUGCUAUUUAACAAAAUAAGAUUUGAUUUUUUUUUAAU